AUGUCCAUCGAGCAAUUUACGCCCGAGUUGGAAGCCCUGCGCAAAGCAUCUUUGGCAGUCUUGAAGAAUGCCUACUGUUGUUACAGUAAUUUUCCUGUUGGAGCCGCUCUGAUCGGCAAGGAUGGGAAGAUAUAUACGGGAGUCAAUGUGGAAAAUGCUUCCUUCCCCUGUGGUUGGUGUGCGGAGGUCAGUGCCUUUGGUGCAACAGUAACCGCGGUUGUUAAGGAAUUCAAGGCGAUGGCGGUUGCCACCGAUCGGGACGAUUAUGUUUCACCCUGUGGUCAGUGUCGUCAGGUGAUUAUCGAGUUCUGUGCCGGAACACGAAUGCCUCUCCUUUUGGUUAAUCGGAAGAGGGACUUCAAAAAAGUUGUAAUUGAGGAUCUUCAUCCAAUGACCUUCCGGAGUUCCCAUCUAAAGAACUGUUGA